UUGUGUUAUUCUAGGGCUGUUGAGAUUAUUAUUUUAUUUUGAGGGCAAUUAUAUUUGUUGACGUUGGAUUGAUACGUGGUGGGGAAAUGAAAUAACAUGAUGGAGUCGACUUUCAAGGCAAAAUGUGUUUUGGAUCGUUUUUGACGACUUUUUACAAAUCGUCAGCUGUGGAAGCGACACACUUGUAACCGCAACCGGACUGACUGUACGACCCACUGGGGGUCUAUAUUUGUAGCCGAGCCCGGGCUGUUGGAUUAGUCCUGUGACCCGGUUUCAGUAGCUCACUCAACGCCAGCGUUGUCCCGACUAGAAACACCAAACUCGUGGUCUUGUCACUGCGUCGUAGCACGUUAUUGAAACACGGAUAGUAACACUGUGAACCUGAAGCUGGUAGACUCUACUGGAGGAAUCGGUUUUUGAAGGUGGUGUGUACCAAAGUGAGGUCGGAAGGGAUUUUUUUUAAAACAUAUUUCAAGAUGGCCGCCUGGCCAACGAGGGGAAGGAUUUUUACGAUGAGAGAGGUAUGCUGGUUUCUACUGGUACUCUGCAUGGUGCAGCAACAAGUUGGUGGCGUACCAACAAACAAGAGACAGAAACGUGUAGCUCAGGACACGCUGUACAGCAGUGUGUGCGAGGGCAAAACAAUGGACCUCCGCUGCAAGCCAGGACUGCAGAUUCUCAUCGAGUCCGCUAACUUCGGACGGACUGACACAGAGACGUGCCCACGGGCCAACACCAAGAACACCAACUGCGUCGAGCCACUGUCGUUUGAUAUCGUGUCACAAAAAUGUGACUAUCAGUCUGCCUGCUCUGUACGUGCCACCAGCGGGGUCUUUGGCAACCCCUGCCCGGGCACCUUCAAAUACUUGGAGGUACAGUUUGAGUGCACCAGCCCGCCCACUGUGGUCCAGACCACCACGCCGCCUACAACAACCCAUGCACCUGCGGCAACCACCGUUCCAACGAGGGCUCCAACUACAACACGCCUGGUGACAACUGAACCCGCCCCAACGACGACCCUUCAGGCCACAACCACGGUGACGACAACAAUGACGCCAGCUACAACUGUGUCACCGACUACGAAGGAAGAACUCAUAGAAACUACCACAAUGAACCUUGACUUCUGUGCUGCCACCAACCAGAGGGGAGUUAAUUGGCCUCGUACACAGACCAACAAGCUGAGCAUACAGCCAUGUCCCAAGGGAACGAGCGGUGCAGUCAACGCCAGAUGGCACUGUUUAGGGAGACCAGCUAAAUGGGUUCCUGAGACCGGCCCCGAUCUCAGUCUCUGCACAUCGGCAUGGGCUGAGGAUAUCAAAAAACAGUCCAGCAAUACCUCAGCUACAGACCUCUCGGACGUCAUGGCAACAGCCGUUGGGUCCAACAACGAGGUAUAUGGAGGAGAUCUCCUCAUCGUCACUGACCUUAUGAACGGAGCAGUCGGGAACUUGAAGCAAGAGCUGGUGGGUCUCAAUAAAACAGCACAGUUUGACAUGGCCAAGAAGGUUACACAGAACUAUGUAAUGAUCGGUAGCAGCGUCCUCCAGGACUCCAACUUGCUUUCAUGGCAGGACCUACCGGGAUCAGAGAAGGCCAAGACUGCGACCAAUUUACUGACUUCAAUUGAAGAGAUGGGUUUUGUGGUGGCCGACAAUCUUGGGCCAGACGACACUCUAACAAGUGAAGAAGGCAAUGUUGUUCUUGAAGUUAUUGUUCAAGACACGUCAACGGGAGACUUUGAGGAAGUGAUGUUUCCACGUCCUUCUCAGCUGAAAUCCAAUGACUGGCAGGACAUCACAGACUCUAUAUCCAUACCCCAGGCCAGCCUGCUAGAAAGAAGCAAAGAUGGCCAAGCGAAAGUCGUCUUCUUAGCCUACAAGAACUUGGGUAGCCUUCUGGACUCCAAUGAAUACAACGACGCUGACACCAGCGCCGACUACAUCAUUAAUUCCAACGUCAUAUCAGCGACUAUCGGUGAUCCCCAAGAAGCCUCAAGUCUUCCCGAGCCUGCCGUCAUCGUCUUCCAGCAUGCCGCUGAGAAUCUGACCAGCCCCAUGUGCUCCUACUGGAAGUUUGCAGCUGAUGCCCCAGGAGAGUGGUCGAACACUGGCUGCACAUUGGUAUCCACUAACUCAACCCACACUGUGUGCUCCUGCACCCAUCUAACCAACUUUGCCAUCCUCAUGAACACCAAGGGUGUCUAUAUCCCUCGAGCUCAUCACUUUGUUCUCUCCGUCAUCACCUACGCUGGCUUCAUCAUCUCAUGCGUCUGUCUACUCAUAGCCUUCUUGACGUUCUUCUAUUUCAAGAACCUGCAGAAUGAUCGUAAUACCAUCCAUAAGAACCUGUGUCUGUGUCUCCUGAUUGCUGAGAUCGUAUUCAUGGCUGGAAUCGACCAAUCCUCACGCACGGCAAUGUGUACAGUGGUCGCUCUGUUCCUACAUUACUUCUUCUUAGCAGCCUUUGCAUGGAUGUGUCUUGAAGGUAUCCAACUCUACGUCAUGCUGGUGGAAGUCUUUGAAGCAGAGAGCUCCAGACGCAAAUACUACUACCCAUUCGGCUAUGGUCUCCCGUUGCUGGUUGUUGGCAUAGCAGCAGCCAUAGACAUCUCAAGCUAUGGAACUGAUGAAUAUUGCUGGCUUGCUGUGGAAAACAACUUCAUAUGGGCCUUUGUAGCUCCUGUGGUCGUGAUAAUCAUUGUGAACACCAUGUUCCUAUCCAUGGCGAUACUCAUCAUGUGUCGCCAUAGCACCAUGCAAACAAACCAGAAAGAGAAGACCAACAAGGAGAAGAUAACCGAGCCUAACUAUGGAAGUAGUCAGCAGAUUGUCCUAGGGGAGAGCAAUUUGGAAGUAGCCGCGUCGUGGGUGCGUGGAGCCUUGGUCUUACUCUGUCUCCUGGGUAUCACCUGGGCGUUUGGUCUCCUCUACGUUACCGAGAGCCUGCUCGCCUUCGCUUACAUCUUCACCAUCGCUAACGCAUUCCAGGGAGUCUUCAUCUUUGUCUUCCACUGCUUCAUGAACGAGAAGGUAAUAAAGGAGUACCGACGUUACAUACGUAACAGCACAUGGAUGCCUGACUGCAUACGUGAUCGGUAUGGAGCAACGUUCUUCACUGGUUCCAACCAACAUCGGUCAAGUUCUUCAUCAGGGAAACGGCGAAUCUGGAGUAAUGAGGAGAAGAGGUUGAGUAACACCACAGGCUCCUGCAGCGUGGAUCAGGGUAACCGUAAACUCUCCACCUCAUCGAAUGGUAGAAACUCAGGAGAGUACGUACCAGUAAAGUGCAACCCAGCAAACAAAGGGGUCAACCCUCGCCUGUCCGAUGAAGGUAUCGGCCUAGAGAUGGAGGAUGCACACAUGGAGAUGGCCCAGGUAGCAGCCAAUAGCUCUGACAGCCAGCAGAGCACCCCAACUCCCAUCCCAAGACGGACCCACAGUUUCAGCGAUUCGCCAGCGAGUCCCAACGAGAUCCGACCACUACUCCAGUCACCGACCGAGCCCCCAGUAUAUAAGCAACCCCCACCACCACCAUCAAAGCAACAACAGCAACAAAAAAGUGGGAAUUUCCGCAGCCUGCCGGACUUGCUUAAUGCGGAAUCUGACGACGGUGGACAACACCCCACUGUGACCAAGAAAAGCAGCUUGCCUGAUCUUCCAAGAUCCCCUAAAGUUCCUAAGAAAAAAGUAGCGAGGAUGAAUAGCGACUCCAAGAAGGUCGGCCAGUGGUCACCUCUCGAGGAAUACAGACCCAACGAUGAGGAUGCUGCAGACAGUAACUCCGGGGUGGAGUUUCUUGGCAUCUCAAAUUUGUCCCCCAGAAGAGAAACACUUAUAUAAGAAGCCUUGAAUAGCUGCAUGAAAAAAUCCUUCCAAUCGUCAGAAAUUGCAGAUGGGUCUAAUGUAGAGAAGUAAUGAGUAGUCUCCACUCGUAUGCCUUGUGGUAGCAGUUAAAGUCAUGUCAUUCAUCAGGGCAAAAGAUGAUCAGUAUAGAAUGCUGGUGAAAGAGACUCCUCCUACUUCUCUUCAUUACCUGCUGGUAUAAGAGACUACACCUCAAGGGUCAACAGGGGUCAAAGGUGACUAUACAUGUACCUUUUAAUAGGUACAGAUCCUGUUGAUGCAAAGAACUGUCUUUGUUUGUGCAAGACGCUAGUCCCAGCCUUAACGACUUCAGCUCUAUAUGGACACUACACAUGUACGCUUUGGAGACAACUAGUGUUGCAUGGACUUCCAUAUAACUUUGAUAUUGUACAUGUACAUUUAUAUGAAAUAAGUCUGUUCUCAUGCAUAUUCAUGAGUUCAACUUCAGAGGUCAGGGAAGGCUGAUUGGUCGAUGAGUACUACAUGUAUAUUCAGUUUAUGUAAAUAGAUUGUGUUUGUGUGAUUCUGUAAGUGUCAUCUUCUUUGUAUAAUACUUCUUUUUGGUGUCUCUGUUUUCCGCACGGAAAGUGCAAAUAAUUAUGUAAAUGAAGAUGUGUUUGCUGUGACAAAAAAGAAAUCAAAUAUUGUAUUCAGUACAAAGUUCUACUAGUUGAGAUUUGUAAAUAUUACCAACUGUAAAUAGGCUGCAAUCCCUCGACAAUUUGAGUGCAAGUUCCUUUGAUUUCAAUGAAAUCCCCCCCCCCCUCCCCACAGCUGGUUGUAAGCAGUUGCAUAAAGGGAAACAAAUUGUGUGUUUUUUCCCCGCUUUUUUUCCCCUGAUCUGGCAAACUUAUAUUGGCCCCCAGAAAAGGAUGGUAUCAAAAAUGUUAUCUUUUUUUUAGACUUGAUAUCAAUUAUUUCGUUAAAUUUCAGGACAAAUUAUUGCCAGGGUACCUUUUUUGUUUUCAAACUGUCACAGAUUGCAUGUAAAUCUACUGUUCUUGAUAUGAAAUCAAAUGAAAUGUACAUACCCCUUGCAAUUGAUAACUCGUAAGAAAUUCCUCUGAGGACAUUUGUCAACCUUUUUUCUAUUUUUCGUUUAGAGCAUUGAACAAUUGAAAAGCAAUCAGAAAUAUUUGAUCUAAAAUUUUGAAUUUAUUUAAAAAAAGAUUGCGAGCAGAAAAAGGAAUGAAAUACUUGUAGACCAUUCCCAGUGUGUGUUAAUAGAAUGAAAUCUUUUGUACGUGUCAAGGCAAUGUAUAUUUUGUAAAUGAGCUGGUCUUAUAAUGCAAAAAGUGAGUGAACGCCGACAAGAAUUUGCUAUAAAUAAAUGGAGGCCAUAUGCAGCGGCAGCUAGGCCUAAACUAGAUGUGUAUAUUGGUUAUUGUACAUGUAGAUGAUCGCACAAAAAAAGGUUGUAGAUUUUACGAAGAAGAAAAAAAAAAUGCUGAGAAAUUUAUAGGGACUGUAGAAAUAUGUAAUUUUUGUAGAUAAUUUAGUUUGUGAAACAUAUAUAAAGUUCUGCAUGGUGUUUGUUAAAUAAUGCACAUUUCGAAGAAA